AUGGCAGUCUGUGUCGCAGUUAUCGGCAAAGAUAAUUCGCCUUUAUAUAUCGGUGGUAUUGGCAACGAUACAAGCACUGAUAAUGAAUUGUCUCGUCAAUGGCUCGUGCACACCGCGUUGGAUGCUUUGGAAGAGAGACUUGCAAGUACUAACACUAAUAACACAGGUGCCAACACGACCGCCGCUCGCACCGAUCUGAGAGAUCUCUACUUAGGUCUACUAUAUUCGACCGACACUCAUAAAAUUUACGGCUACGUGACUAACACGCGCAUCAAGCUGGUUCUAGUGACCUCGUCUACGUCUCCCAGUGGCUCCAAUAUUCGUGAUGCUGAAGUGAGGACCGCGCUCCGCCGUCUGCACGCACUCUAUGCUGAUGCUAUCUGUAACCCAUUCCAUUUGCCUGGAGAUCAAAUUACUUCCCUGAAAUUCGACAAACAAGUCAAGAAUAUUAUGCUUAACAAUGUUUGA